UGCAGCUGAUGCAAGAUGCAGUCAGGCCUAGCCCCCCUGACCAUCCUACUGCUGCUUUACCUGGCUCUCCCUGGACAGUCUCAGCUGCUGAGAAGCGUACCAGGCUCUGUGGAUAAGGAAGGUGUGUGCUACUGCGUGGUUCACCUGCCCAGCAACCGCAUGGCCCUGCAGCAGCUGGAGCAGCUAGUGAGCACGGCCCAGGUGCUCAUGGGCAAAUACAAGCAGGAGCUGUCCAGGGUCAGUGAGUGUAUGCGUGUUAUUGAAGAUCAGAACAACCAUGUCCCAGAGAUGAACCGUGUACUGGAGCCCAGGAACCCCACCAUGCUUGCUUCCUCCUAUGAGGCCCCAGCCUUCAACCUGCUGCGCCUGGAGCUGGAGCGGGCCCUAGAGAUGGUGACCCAGCUGAAGGCCAAGGGGAGAGUUAGUGGGGCCGAGGACCUCCUCUAUCAACUCCAGGGCCAGGUGGCCAACCCUAGCCUGACAGUCAGGCUCCUGGCUGACUCUGAUUGGCACCGCUUCCGUGCGCUCCGUGAAGAGGUGGACGUCCUCAAGGGCGAGCUGAGCCAGUGUGAAAGGGAGAAGGAGCAAGAGGCCUCCAGAAACACUGGCCCGUACCUGCUCCCUGGUUCUUGUGCCUAUCAAGGACCAAAGGUCAGCAGACCCUCUGUGGUGCAGCUCAACUGGAAAGGCUUCUCACAUAAGGCAGGUGCCUGGGGCCGAGACUCAGCACCCAAUUCAAACUCUUCCCUCUACUGGGUGGCUCCUCUGGAUAUAAAUUUCAGGUUCUCUGACUACUACUGGCUGCACGAGUCUUACAAUGACCUGGUACUGCUGAAGAACUAUAAAGAGUAUUUCAAGGGCUAUGGUGAUGGCAGUGGUGACACUGUGUAUGAGAACUUCAUGUACUUCAAUGCCUAUGGCACACGUGACAUGGCCAAGGUGGACCUGCCUUCCAACACCCUGGUGCUGAAGCGCAUGCUGCCCAGCGCCGCCUAUAACAACCGCUUCUCCUAUGUCAGGGUGCCUUGGAAGGACUUAAAUUUUGCUGGUGAUGAGAAGGGGCUGUGGGUGCUCUAUGCCACAGAGGAGAGCAGGGGCAACCUAGUUAUUAGUUCUCUCAAUACCAGUACUCUGGAGGUGGAGAAAACCUGGAAGACCAGCCAGUACAAGCCAAACCUAUCAGGGGCCUUCAUGGUCUGUGGGGUGCUCUAUGCCCUGCGCUCACUGAGCACCCGCCAAAAGGAGAUCUUCUAUGCUUUUGAUACUAACACUGGGCAGCAGCACUACUGUAGCAUCCUGCUGGAUAAGAUGCUGGAAACACUGCAUGGCAUCAAUUACUCCCCCUCCAAUCAUAGGCUCUAUGUCUACAAUGAUGGCUACCUGGUCACUUAUGACCUCGGCUUCCUAAUGCCAGGGCACAGGCUGCCGAGACCACUAGCUAAGAGGGCUGCGGGGGCUUUGGAGCCAGCAAAGUCUCUCACACUCAACAGGGCCUCCAGGCCCUGAGAUCCCAGGGCA